AUGGAAGCAACAAUUAUACCGGAUUCAAAAUCCAAAGACUCUAACGCUCAAAUUCUUUUGAUGGGGUUGAGAAGAGGUGGUAAAUCAUCAAUAUGUAAAGUUGUUUUUCAUAAUAUGCAACCGCUUGAUACAUUGUAUUUGGAAAGUACAACAAAACCAACAAACGAACAAUUCUCAUCCCUUAUAGAUUUAUCAGUUAUGGAACUACCUGGUCAGCUAAAUUAUUUUGAGCCAAACUAUGACUCAGAAAGGUUAUUUUCAUCCGUUGGAGCCUUAGUUUAUGUUAUCGAUUCUCAAGAUGAAUACUUAAAUGCCUUAACAAAUUUAUCAAUGAUCAUUGACUUUGCUUACAGAGUUAAUCCCAAGAUAAAUAUUGAAGUAUUAAUUCAUAAAGUGGAUGGGUUAAGCGAGGAUUACAGAAUGGAUGCUCAACAAGACAUAAUGCAAAGAACAGGUGAUGAAUUACUUGAUUUGGGACUCGAAGGUGUUUCAGUUAGUUUUUAUUUAACUUCAAUCUUUGAUCAUUCAAUUUAUGAAGCCUUCUCAAGGAUAGUUCAAAGAUUAAUACCUGAGUUGCCUUCUUUAGAACAUAUGUUGGAUAAUUUAGUACAACAUUCCAAUAUAGAUAAAGUAUUUUUAUUUGACGUUAAUUCUAAGAUUUACGUUGCAACUGAUUCAUCACCGGUUGAUAUUCAGACUUAUGAAGUAUGUGCUGAAUUUAUAGAUAUAACAAUUGACUUAGAUGAUUUAUAUAUAGAAAAUGAAAAGAAAAAUGGUGGAACAAAUAGUGGUAAUCGAAAUAUUGAGAAUAAUAGACAAGAAUCAAAAGAAUUGAAAUCAAUAAGUCAUUUAUCUAACGGUUCAACGCUAUAUUUGAAACAAAUGAUCAGAGGGUUAGCAUUAGUUGCAUUGAUACGGAAUGAAACGUUUGAUAAUGACUAUAUUGAUCACUCACAAGAAGGAAAUGAGAGUAGUUUAAUAGGUACAAGUAUAUCAGAUUCUGAAAAAUCAUUAACUAUCAUAGAUUAUAAUGUCAAUUUAUUUAAAGAAUCCUUGAUGAAGAUGUGGAGCAGUUAUAGAAAUAGUAAUGAUGAUAUAAAAUUAUAA